AUGACUUUAUUCGGUAAUCGCAGUCGUUUUAUCGGAUAUUGUUUUCGAAUUCUGACGGGAGUAUUAUGUGCUGGUAUUGGAAUAAGCCCACUCACUAAGCGUGGUCUACCAGUUGACCACCAUGAUUUCGUUGGUCGAAUGUAUUGA